ACCACUACCACCGCACUUCUGCCCUUACUGGGAGAUGCUGGGGUCUCCCAGGAUCGCCUUUCCCCCUCUCAAGACUCUGAAGAAGUGUCAUCUUGGGACCCCCUCCCCAUCAGGCCUGUGCCUCUCUCCUCUCCCCCUCUACACCCCUCACAGGCAGCCGAGGGGUCCAUGCAACCAUUGGAAGGCCUUGCUAGACUGGCCAGGGAUGUGAAUCUGACUGGCUAUGGGUCCAACUCCACCCUGCCUCCCUCCACUACAAACCGUAUUCCUGCCCCAGAUCAGCAGCUUCUACACGCAAAGUUCAGCAACUCCUCCACUCCCACCCAGAGUCUUUCCACCAACGUUGGGACCUUAUCUCCACACCGUCCUGUCCCACUCUCUGACCAGAGCACUGCCGACCGACCACCCAGCAACCAGCACGACCAAUCAGAUCAUGUCAGUCCGCUUGCACCCCCCAGCUUACCCACUGACGAGUCCAGCUCAGUCUAUCUGGAUCCCAGGCCCUCCAUGGAGCCAUCCAGCAGACUACUUGACCUUACCCAGCCGAGCCCCAGCAGGGAGUCCAUGAUGCAGCAGGACUCUGCCCAGGGCACCCACCUGCUGCUGGAGCGCCCUGUCAUGAGGCUGGACCCCAGCUUCCUGCCUCUACUCAACCCCCAAACCAUCUCUUCCACCUCCUUGGUUGAGCCCACCCUGGUCCCCCCGGAUGACUUUUUCCCCACCAACACCAUGGAGGUAGACUGGGGGUCCGGGGAUUACCCGGAACCAAUGUCCUUACUGCCUGGAGACCAUGACAGUGAUAGCUACACCAUGGUGACAACCCUGCCCUCAGACAUGUUUGACUUGGAUGACUCUGAAGACACAGAGAGCUACGACACCUCUUUCCCUUCCAGGGUGGGCGUGUCCCCGUCCUCCAGGCACCACCUGUUUAUUUUCCCCAGUCUGACCACAGCCUACAGCUCCAGCGUGAGGAGUACCCCUCCUACCGCCCUCCAUCCCCUGUCGUCCUCCAUCCCUUCAUCCCCCCAACCCUCCCCCACAUCCAGUCAGCCCAGGCUGGAGCUCACGGCAAACCCCCAGAGCGAGGAAAGCUCAGGUGUCGACUGGUCGGACGCCUUCACCAUCGAACCCACAGACGUGCUCCUGCCGGACAUGAACAGUCAGGAGUACGUCACCACCCAGAUGACCAAGGACAACUCCAGCUCAGCUGAACACAGGGGCAACGUGACCACGUCCAAGGUCUUCUCCAUCAGUUCCACUCCUAUUAUGGCCACCAGCACCUUACCCGUGGACCCCAGCCAUCUGCCGACGGCGUCCUAUGAGGGAACAGCAGAAGGAGCCGAUAACUACACCUGGGUCGAGGAAGGGCCAUCCAGUGACCCCACAGGGUUCGAGCCUUAUGACACCACCGCAACAGACCCCCCAGGGGUCACAGUGACGCCCCGGUCGGGGAACGUUUCCGUGGUGCUUCUGGAACCUUCUGUAGCUCCGACCCCCUCGGUGAAUCACUCCAUCUGGGAUGAGGGGGUGCCCUCGGGUGAUUGGUCUAGCCUCGUGACCCCAACUCCGUCGGUGGACCAGGAAAUCAGCUCGCUCGUACAGUCUGUUGUGCCCAGUGUUACGCAGCCCUCUGACGAUGUCACAUCCUCUUCCUCUCUGACAGACAUCCUGUGGUAUGUCUCUUCAACCGUGUCAGAGACUAUCAUGCCCACCUCCACUCCUGCCCUGUCCUCCUCUAUGGCAUUCAGUCCAUCCUCUAUAGACAUGUUCCAAAACAUCACCUCAGCACCCACCGAGCUAUCCCACAACACCACGUCCAUGCCCCCGGUGACAGCUGUCAUGGCCGACCAGGGCAUGACAACAUCCGAUGGCCUUGUCACAGCUUGGACCAACGACAGCCUGACUACUUUUAACCUAACCACGGCUACCACCUCAUCUCCUGUGCCUACCACUGAGGCUGCUACUACUGUUGCUAUGACUACUAAGACGAGCACGACCGUCACCGAGGCCUCGAGCCCCCCGACCUCCACCGCCAAGACCACGCCCCCACGGCCGUACCUCUGUGAGGUCACCAAGCCGGAGUACCUCGUCAGGGUUGGCUUUCCAUCUGGGGCCACAGUGGGCCAUGCCAAACUGCAGGUGAGAGAUAUCCUGAAGAGCCAGUUCAACAGAUCCCUGGAGCUGCAGGUGGUCCAACCCCCUCCCAGGUUUGUGUUCCGGGCGGUGUCAGGCCCAGUCGUCUACUCAGCGAUAUCUGUCAUCAACGCUCUGCGCCAGUCUGGCCGCCACUUCCUCUCCCUUGCACCCAAUUGGACCAUACCAGACCGCCAGUACCAGGUCCACUCUGUGUUGCAGUUUGUGCCCAGCCACAUAGACGUGCGUGUGUGCAACUUCAGCCAGCGCAUCGAGAAAGGCCUGACCAUGGCCUACGCCAAGGUCCGCCGCCUCGCACAGGAGUCCACCAACUUCACCGUGCAGGUGGUGAACAUCACGCUGGGCCCGAGCCCUCUCUCUCAGGCCCGUCAGCAGAGGGAGCAGGUGGACAUCACCUUCGCCGUGAGCGACACCCAUGGCUACGUGCAAGGGUCGGAGGUCAGCAACCUCCUCCGGAAGCUCAACAUGGUGGAGUUCAGCUACUACCUGGGCUUCCCAGUGCUGCAGAUAGCAGAGCCUGUCCACUACCCAGAGUUGAACACCACCCUUCUGCUUCGCUCCUCCUGGGUUAGAACAGUGCUCCUGGGUGUGCUGGAGCAGGGUGCGGAGGAGAGGGCCUUCCAGGUGAAGAUGGAGCGUCGCCUGGCCCAGAUACUGGAGGAGGUGCUGGGGUCCGCCAGGCGCACAAGAAGAGCCACCAGCGGAGGAAACAACAGUGUCCAGAUGGUGCGGACAGCCAGGCUGGUGGGUCCAGACCAACCUCUAGAGAUGGUCUACUUUGUGGAGGGUCCCAGCGGAGAGAGGCUGCCUGCUGUCACCACGGCAACCAUGCUGAACAGCCUGGACGUCCAGAGGGCAGCCAUCGUCCUGGGUUACCGUGUGCAGGGCAUCCUGGCACAACCUGUGGAUAAAGUGUCCUCCCCUCCCUCGGACAACGAGAACACCAACCUGUGGAUCGUCAUCGGCGUGGUGGUGCCUCUCAUCGUGGUCACCGUCAUCAUCUCCAUCCUCUACUGGAAGCUCUGCCGCACAGACAAGCUGGAGUUCCAGCCGGACGCCAUGACCAGUGUCCAGCAGAGACAGAAGCAGCUGCAGACGCCCAGCGUGAAGGGCUUCGACUUCGCCAAGCUCCACCUGGGCCAGCACAGCAAGGACGACCUCAGGGUGAUCCAGGAGCCCGGCCCCCCGCCCCCGCCCCUCCCCUCCAAGGAGGCCGCCACCCCCGAGGGCGGCGAAGUCCCCGCCCCCGGGUCCAAGAACUCCUCCUCCUUCCAAGCCAAGGUGUCCCUCAGCGCCCGCAGACGAGGGAGGAUCUCCCCGUCGGACGGUGACUCUGUGGUAAGCGAGCGCUCCAGUGAGAGGGAGUUGACCGAAGACAACCUGAGAGGCGUGGCCUCGCCCAGCGACAGCAAACACACCCGCAGGGUCCCCAUCAAUGUUUUAAAUGGUGAGUGGCCAUGGCAACACACUGCAAACGAGCAGCUCUCCUCAGCGUCCAUCUUUGAACAUGUAGACCGGAUGUCCCGCCCCCCCGACGGCACCCGGAGGCCGACCAACAAGAUCCAGCUCAUCGCCAUGCAGCCCAUGCCCCUCCCGCCCCUCCAGGGCCCCAUGACCAAUGGCAAAGUGCCGGACCGCAACGUCAUGAACAAGGAGAUCCAGGUGGCGUUGAGGCACAAGUCAGAGAUAGAACACCACCGUAAUAAGAUCCGCCUGCGGGCCAAGAGGAAGGGCCACUAUGACUUCCCGUCAUGGAGGACAUGGUGGGCGGGCCCGACCCGACCAGGACCGCCUCUACCACAAGGCCCAGCAGCAGAUCGACAAGAUCCUGGACCCAGACAUACACAUCCCCUCGUUCUUCACCGAGCACAGUAAAAGUGGGCGGGGGAAACGCUCUCCCAAGCAGAGGAAGAAGCUGAACGGGGGCCUCUCGGACGCAGACAAGGACCGCCUCAUCUCCAACGACAGCGACGGAACCUACCGGAAAUACCCUGGAGUCAGCAAUGUAGCC